AUGGGGAUGCUGAAACCCGAGCGCACCUUGCUAGUGGAGAGGCCAGGGGGUCUAGGAGACCCAGAGAGGAAUUCUCAAGAGAUGCUACAAAGCCUGUGGAGUUUGUCCAGCAGGCCCUCCUGUCUUCCUUUGCUGGCAAUGGGCUCCCGAAUGCAGAUGGCUGCCCUCCCUUGUCUGGGUCUCAUCCUCCUUCUCUGGAGUCAGGUGCCAGGGGCCCAGGGCCAAGAAUUUCGAUUUGGGCCCUGCCAAGUGAAGGGGGUUAUGCUCCGGGAACUGCAAGAGGCCUUCUGGGCUGUGAAGGACACUGUGCAAGCUCAGGAUAACAUCACAAGUGUCCGGCUGCUGCAACAGGAAGUUCUGCAGAACGUCUCGGAUGCUGAGAGCUGUUACCUCAUCUAUGCCAUGCUGAAGUUCUACUUGAAUACUGUUUUCAAAAACUACCACAAUAGAACAGUUGAAUUCAGGAUCAUGAAGUCAUCUUCUUCUCUGGCCAACAACUUUAUUGUCAUCAUGUCACAACUGCAACCCAGCCAGGAAGAUGAGAUGCUCUCCAUCAGUGAGAGUGCGCAUAGGCGAUUUCUGCUGUUCCGGGGAGCAUUCAGACAGUUGGACAUCGAAGCAGCUCUGAUCAAAGCCUUUGGGGAACUGGACAUUCUCUUGGCCUGGAUGGAGAAAUUCUACCAGCACUGA